AUGUAUCAAAUGUUUUGCGUUUUGUUUAUACUAAUCUUUGCGGAUGCAUUUGCCCAGGGGCGAAGUUUUGAAGUUAGCUUCCAGGAAACCUAUCCCACACAUUUCCUCAGCUCCGAUCAGGAAUCGAUUCACAACAAACGGGCCGCGAAUGUGUCUCAGUUUUUCGACCAAGCUAGCUUCAGUUUCGAUGGCCUAACGCGAGUGGCCUCCGUGCCAGUGCCCUUUCCCCUGGACAUCUGCAUGCUCCAGCUGGCCAGUGUGAAGUACGCUACGGCUCUGCACAAAAAUGCGGACGGAGUGCGCCAGUUUGCCGUGUAUGCCUGGCGUCCAGCUGAACAGGACUACCAACUGCAAGUGCAGAUGGCUGCUCCCAAGGCGGUGGCUCUUGAUUGUCUGGCCUUCGCUGGACGUGGCUACAUAGCUGUGAGCUACAAUCUAUCGGAACCAUUGAGACAUGCUCGCGAAGGAUCGCCCAUCUAUGAGCUCUCCCCCGAAACGGGCAUACGAACGGUGCAAUACUUUUCGGGCACAAAGAUGCGGGGCAUGUACCUGCGGAUCAGCAGCCAGGAGCUGACCCUUCUGCAGGCCUUUGACUCGGGUGCACAGUGUCCCUACUUCAAGUGGAUGGGCAGGAGUUUCCAGCGACUGGGCGCCAUCCCCUGCAGCAAUGCUCGCCGAGUGGAGGCCUUCGGCAUUGACUACAACGACUACGUGGCCGUGGCCAACUAUGCGGAUGCAGAGGGGCGCACUGCCACACGGUCGGAGAUCUUCAGGUGGGAUGCCCAGGCCCAGAGAUUCCAGCUCUUCCAGCGACUGCGCAGCAAUGGAGCCGUGGACGUGAAGUACUUCAGUCUGCCGGUGAACGAGGUCAGUCGCAGGCACUUCCUCAUCCUGGGCAACACAAUCGGCGGUUCCGGCGCCGAAGUGGGCGAGGCCGACACUGUUGUCUAUGUCUUCGAAAAGGGCCAGUUUGUUCCCUACCAGCGACUGAGUUUCUUUGCAUUAGAACGCCUUCUGCCGGUUCAGCACUCCCUCUCCGAAAAGUUCCUACUGCUGGUGGCCUGUAACAAGCAGGAUGUCAGGAUCUACAACCUCAAUGACUGGCGAUUCGAGGAGUCCAAGGUGCAGUUCACCGAAGGAGCCUUGAGUCGUGGAGUGGCCAGAAUGAGAAGUUAUGAGGAGGGCGAGCAUAGCUAUUUGGUGAUUGCCAAUGAGAAUAUGGCAGCCAAUGAGACGAAUAUCUUCCAGCCACUUUACAAACAGGAUCAACACGCUAAUAUUCUUCGCCAGCAAAUCAUAGACUGGGCUAGAGAGAAAAGAAAGCAAUUGGAGCAAGUGAAAGUGGAACAGCUUUCGGAAAAACUGGAGGAAAAGCUGAGAAAACGUGAAGAGAAACUGCAAUGGUCCGUGAUCAAACAAGUGAAAGCUAAUUCGUUUGAGGAUAAGCACAUGAAUCUAACACCGAAAUACUGGAAGGCUUUGCAGUUAAUUAAGAAGGCUUUAGAUGCGCUGGAACUAAAGGCAAUCUCAGCCAGCUCCAGACAUCCCAGAUCCGCUGACAAACCGAAUGAGGAGUACGUCUUCAAGGAGGUGACAGUGGACACUCUGGUGGUGCACGGAACCGUCCAAGCAGAUCGUAUCAAUGGAGUUGAUACAAAGAACCCUGUUUACGAGUCCGUAACCGCCAGUAAAGUUUUUGUGAGCGAGAAGUUCACUGAACCCGCAAGAAAACAAAAUAAACCACUCCUAGAAGAACUGAUAGUGAAAAAUCUAACACUGGAGGGCAAGUUCAAUGGCGUGAAGUGGAAAGAUCUCUUGGAUCAGACGCUAAAACGCCAUGGCACAAGUGUGCAGUUCAUCAAGGCAGCCAUAGAUGUAGAGCAUCUCAAAUCCGAAGCUGUCCAGGUCAACAGUAACGAGGUCAAUAAUCGACCAGUGGGUCAGCUCAUCCCGGUGGAUGGUGGCAACUUCAUUGUCCAGCAGGAUGUUCAGUUUGCCCAGCCCAUCCAGGUGAACCAGCUGCUUGUCAACCAGAGGCUUAACCACAUCCACGUCGAUCGCCAGCGCUUUGAUGUGCUGCUCAAGCAGGCCAAUCACACUCAGGUCAUCGAGGGUUCCAAGCGAUUCGAGAAUGUUCGCGUCCUGGAACCAAUCACCAUUGCGGGUCAAAUGAUGGGCGCUGAACUGAGAGCCAUAUCGCCGGCAAAGGUAACCCACAAAUCCCUGCAACUCCAGGGCGAUUUCGUUAUAGAUGGUGAUGUGACCAUUGGACGACUGCUGCAAAUGAGAGAUUUGGUGGAUGAGCCAUCCCAACGAUCUGCAGCAGAAACUUUAACACGAGCCCUUCGACUGGAUGAACCUCUGGAUGAUGUGAAUCUAAACUUUCUUCAGCCCCUCAUUGCCAACGAUACGGAACUGAGCUUCCUGAACACCCAAGAUCUGCAAAAUCUGGUUAAACUAAAUGUGAAUGAAGUGCAGUUGGUGCAGGCAAAUAAGGUAUUUCCCCAGAAUGUGGAGAUAGUUGAUGGGUUCGGUGAGGUCAAGUGGCUCAAUGGCAUCGAUACGGAGAGCCUUCCGGAAAUGCUGCUCACGAAGAGUGGAAACCAAACUAUUUCAACUCCUAUUCAAUUGCAAGCCUUGCAAGUGGACCAAGUAAAUGCAACCGAAAUUGUAUUAAAUGGCUUGGCAUUGGAGGACUACCUUCAAGUUGGCAAAGAUCAGAAGUCAAAUGGAACCCUUUAUGUCAACCAAUUGGAUGCUGAGGAGAUAAGUGUGGAAGAUCUGCACUUAAAUGGCCGCCUCCUGGGCCAACCACUGUCCGCCAUCUACGAACAUGGUAGCAAAUCGCUGGACAGCUGGCAUCUGCCGGCCAACUUCAAUGGCACCAUCCAUGCCCAGAACCUGUGGCUCAAUGGCAACAUAAACCAGGUGAAAGUGGCCCACUUGGAGCAGCAGUUGCAGCAACUGGCUGGCAACAUCAAAUACGUGGGUGACUUCAGCUUCGAGCACGAGGUUAAUAUCAGUUCACUGAGCUUUGGCAACUCCCUGAAUGGAAUAUCAGCCCAACAAUUUGGUCGCUGCUGGCUGGAGUCCGUAGGAGAUCAGAAUUUCACGGCUCCCCAAAUAGUGGCUUCGCUGGACAGCGACCAGGGCAUCUGGCUAAGUGGACAACUAAACAACCACACUUUGGACGAUCUAGUGACCCGCAGCUACAGACUCAAUGGAUCGGAGCACCUGCAAGCAGUGCGAUUUGAGAAUCCCAUUGUGUUGCAAUCGGAGCUCCAGUUGGGUCAACUGAAUGGCCUGCGCGUUCCGGAGGAUGUUUUUUACCAAACAGGUGGGGGUCACCUCACCGCUCCAGUUAGCAUAGAAGGUAGCUUGGAGGCAGCCGACUUGUGCAACCUAACCAGCCUGAAUGGCUAUCCCCUGGAGCCGUUGGAAAAGUAUUUAAGUGGGCAUGGCAUGGACACCUUUGUGGCGGAGAACGUGAAGUUUGCCGGGGCACCCUCUUACCGCCUGCUGAAUGGUCAGGUUUUGAACCAGCUGCUGGAUGAAGUGUGGCUGGACAACGAGCAGAUUGAGCUACGAGGAUUGGCAGUGGAUUCCGCUCAAAUUGAGGGCCUGCUGGAGUUCCAGGGACCCAUCAAUGGGCACCAUGUGGACCACAUCAGGCACAACUAUUUCAGCCGUACGCGCAGCAAUCAGAUGAAAACUCCCCUGAGUUUCCAGCAUGACGUCACGUUCGCACAGCCUCCGACGGCCAACUACGUGGAACUACGACGUGGCAAUGGUGACGCACUAGUAAAGGGCACCGCCAGCAACUUCUCACUGGAUUUCGAUGAUUUUGUUGCGCACACUUUAAAAACAGCCGGAGUUCACGCCGUUAGUGGGCAAUGGAAACUGGCGGAGGCCUCGGUUUCGGGGAAUUUAAGGAAUGUCCUGAUAAAUCAGUUAAACCUAGCUGAUGAUGUAGCUAGAGUGGCCCAAUACAACGACAGCAGCAAUCCUUCUCUGACUAUUGAGGCACUGAAAGUUGUUAAAGGCGCCUCUAUAAAUCGCCUGCACAUUACACCAGAAAGUCAAGUGGCAGAGGUUCCAAUGGCCAAGUGGGUAAAUGAAGCAGCCUAUCUCUACGGAAAUCACAGCAUCGCUGGCACUACCAUUAUGGAUAACGUGAACCUCUACAAUGAUCUUAACGUAAAGGGACCAGUAAAUGGUGUCCUGUGGCAGCCGGAUAAGCUUCUUUUGCGGGACAAAGAUCAGGAAGUGCGGGGAUCUCUGCUGGUGGCCAACAGUCUGCCCGAGCGGCAGCAAAUCUACAGCAACAAUGUGGAGAAUCUCUGGGUGGAUUCCGUCAAUGGCCUGCCAGUAAACGAGCUACUGACUAACAAGGCACAAAACCGCCAGAAUCUUCACGUUGAGAGCCAAUUGAUCUUCACCCAGCCACUUACCGUGGGCCAUUACGAAGUGGGCAGUGGAAAUGGCCUCUUGGAUAAGGAUUACAAAAGCAAACGGGGCGUCAUCAGGAAUUCCAUUGAGACUUGGCAGCAGCUUCAGGAAAAUGUGGAUGCUGUAAGGAACAGAUUGGCCAAGCCACCAAAAGUGCUUGAGAACUUUAUCCUGCUGCAGCAGCUGCCUCACAAGGCCGCACUUAUGAAGACUACCUCCUUGGGUAACGAUGAUGCACUGACUAUUUGGGAGCAGGAAUCCAACGAAGCAGUCGUUUACAUCUGGCAUCCGGAUAAACGGCUUUUCACGCGCAAUUCAAGUUCGUCAGCACUACACGCACAGCUCAAAAAGCAAAUCUUGGAUGAAUUUCCUAAGGAUGCAGAAACCAAGCAGCAAAUAAAGUUUGCGCUACUCGAGUUUCAGUGUCUGGGAUUACAAGAAGCCAACCAGAUAGCAAUAAAAUGCGUCGACAAGCAGAACAACAGCAGGGAAGCAAUCAUGGCCAGCCGGGAUGCAAAACAGUUGCUGCUAGUGGCCGAAACAGAUGACAUGCCCAUUUUGCUAAGAACAUCCAGGGCUGUUGAGCUUUGGAAAUGGAGCAGCGGCAAUUACUCCCUAGUGGGCAGCCUUCUAGUUGGGCAGGUGGAGCAAAUGGCGCGAAUCCAACGAGGAGCCGGCAUGGAGAGCGGUUAUGUGGCACUUCUAGCUUCAUCGCCCGCAGCAGAGAUACGGAUUUACAGCUUUAAUAGCGACGUCUCGAGCGGCUUCCAUUUGGACCAAGUCCUGGUGCUCCAAAACUCUCAACAGCCGCGUCAAAUGCUCUUCAUGCAUCUGCCCGAGUCGGAGGAUCUGCUGCUGUGCGUAUCCAACGUCCGGCCACAUCAACCGCUCACCAUUUAUCAGCAUCGCGGGGCAGCGGGAUUCCAGCAAAUCCUCGGCGAGAGCGCCUUUCCAGAAGCGCGCGCCUUGGCAGUGCUCCAACUGCCCAGCCAGAAGCUCCGCCUGCUGUCGAUGGCCACGGAGGAAGCCGUCUACUUGCUGCAGCCACAGUUUACCACACUUUAAGUCACUCUUGUUUUUGUGUUUUCUAAAUAAAAAUUACUUUUUAUUAACCGUAUCUGUGGGCCUUCAAUUACGUUGCUUAGUCGUCGCUGGACUCGACGUUCUCGGUCUGCAAGUUCUUGAACGUGGACACCGGCACAUAGGUCACGUAGG